GCCAUGGCUACUUACCAAGCGGCCAAGACGCAGUUUGUCAAGGUAGACGGCUGUACCUUUGCCUAUCGACUGCUUGGCCUAUCGAAUGGCAUCCCGCUGGUAUUCAUCCCAGGAUUCAAACAAACCAUGGAUCACUGGGAUCCAGCAUUGGUCAAUCCUCUCGCGGCUCAGCGCCCAGUGUUGCUGAUUGAUAACGCUGGAGUUGGCCGAUCCGAGGGUGAAAUUCCCGAUACUUAUCCCGCCUGGGCAGCGCACUACACUGCCGUAAUCAAGCAGAUUCUUGGCCAGAACAGCAAGGUUGACGUACUGGGUUAUUCGAUGGGCGGCUGCGUUGCGCAGCUUAUGGCCUUGAAUGCGCCAGAACAGGUGCGACGGUUGGUGCUGGGCGGGACGACUCCCAGUUCCGGAGACGGUGUUAAGCCGUCUCCCGAUGGCAAGGCAUUCAAGCGCCUCAAGGCGGCCAGGACUAUGGAGGAGGAGCGGCAAGCUUUCCUGGAUGGGUUCUUUGUGCAGCGUUCCCAGCGCAGUCGGGAAGCGGGCGAAAAGGCAUGGGAGCGCAUUAUCAACAACAGAUGCGAUGCCGGCGAGGUGAGAUGCGAACCAGUGCCUCCAGGGCCAGCUCAUCAGCAGGCGCUUGCGUUUGUCAGGUUCAUGGAUAAGAAAAAUGCUUCCCAAGGCAGCUAUGAGCGGCUCCGACAGCUGCGUCUGCCCGUGCUAAUCGCCAAUGGUUGCAAUGAUUUGCUGCUUCCUACUGACAACAGCAUCCUGAUGUGGAAAAUGCUUAGCUCCGCGGAUGCACGACUACAUCUGUUUCCAGAUUCAGGGCACGGGUUCCUGUCCCAAUACGCCGAUGAAUUCGCAAGUCUUGUGAAUGGUUUCCUUGGCGCCAAUAGCAGUGGCAGCGACAGUGGCGACGGCGGCAGUAGCUCGACUCGCGGCAGUCGGCUCUGAUUGCUCCAUGCUGUAUGAUAGGACCCCGUACUAGUGUCCAUGCCUGUCUCGCACCUUAGUGAGCAUGCAAGACGCGUCUAUUGACGACGACGCGACGCCAGUUGUUUUCCUCAUUGGUCCUUGUUUGCUUUUGGGGUCACUGCAAGCCCCGCCGUGAUGGGCUAGGUCGCCAUGUAGCAAUGGGAAUAUGACGACCCAGGGGCAGGUAGUAGAUGAGAGGUAGCAUUGCAACAAACCAAACACGAGGUG